UUCUGGAGAUCAACUAAAUUUUCGUUUGGAUUAAAUUACUUAUCAUAUACUGAUUUUUCUUAUUUCUAAAUCGUUUGUCCGAAAGUAGAGUUUUGUAUGCUGAUGAAGCACCUAUUUCUUCCAGCAGAGCUUCUCGAGCCACCAUGGAUAUAUAUUUGCCGCAUGCUACUAAGCUUCAGUCUUAUUAAGCAGUGCGUUCUUCGAUUCGCUCUAUGGAGAUGUACACGGUGCGGGUCCCAAUGAGUCAUUAGUAGGAGGGCGACACGCAAGUAGGAUUAGUUAAUGUAGAAACCCAUCUCAAACAGAAUCAGGGCGAUAUUUUUCUACCUGUUUCUCGGGUACCCAUUCGGCCACCUGGCUCGCAGUCGUUGGAGAACUCUGGGAGUAGGACCCACAAAAAAGUCUAUUCGAAUAUUUGAAAUGACUUGCAACGGGGGCUCAUUCGCGCGCCUAUAAAUGCAGGGAGAGAGAGAGAGAGAGAGAUAGGUCUGUGGUGAUUUCGUUGCUCGCUUCGAACUUCAAUGGGUUCCGAGGAGGGAGAGGAGUUGAGGAAAGGAGAAGGCCGAGAAGACCGAGGAGGACAAGCGUUGCAGCUGUCAAGGAGGGGGACGAGAGCAAGCGGAGGCGGACUGAUCCAGCGAUCAAGGAAGCGACAAAGAAGCAUCUCUUCUUGUAACUCGCCUCGCUCCACCUUCCUCUCUCGCCAUUCUAGCUUCAACUGGUACGACGUGGACUUGUGGACGGAGAUAGCCAAAUACUUGGACGGCAGCGAUCUGAUGCGUCUGAGCCUGGCCAACUGCUGGUUCAACCAUCUGAUCGCAGAGGAGAGCGUCUGGAUGCAUGCCUGCCUCCGCGACCUCCAUGUCCCCCCUUCUGGAGAAGUUUCCUUUCCCUGGAAGGAUAUAUACGGCUCAGCCUUUGAUGGCAGCCACUCUUAUAACUAUCGGCAGCAGGAAAAGCACAUUGACUGGAUUCGGAUAGGUGCGUUCUUACUUGAUUCGCCCGUCGUGUUGCUGACGGAAAACCUGACGCUGCCCAAAAUGCUGCCGCGGCCGGAGGACGACCCCGCGAAGACGAUUCAGACCACCGGCACGUGCCUGUUAGCUGGCGCCCGGACUGGAAUCUGGAUCGCCGAUCUGCAACUGGUUCGAUGCCCAGUGUGCAACCUCAACACAUGUGAAGGGACGAUGCAGGUGCUGGAUGCGAGACACGUGGAGCUGUUCUUGGAGGAGGGUUUCAAGGACGGGAGCUGGGAGUACGAAGACAUCGGGUCCCACCGGAUCGCGAAGCAGUCCAUCGCUGCCGCUGGGGCCAUCUUCGACUCCAAGCACCUGCCUGAUCCUUCCACUGCCGGGGUCCUGGAUGCAAAGGCGUGGAUUGGGCAGCAGGAUGACUGGCAGCCUAAGGCGAGGCUGUCGCUCCACGCCGUCGCCGUCAAUACCAAUCUACAGCCGAACGAGGGUGAGAUUGCACUCGUAAUAAGAGUGAUAAGAAUCCAGUCUUUAAAUUUAUUACUAGGGGAUACAACAAACCAUGCAGGGCUUCAAGUGCGGUUCCAGGCGAUGCGGAGCACAGGGGAGGACCGGAAGGUAGUUUCUAUUAGAAUCUCGCAGCAACUCGUUUAGGACUAUUACCACUUUGUAGAACAAAGUGUAAUUUUCCACAAGAUAAGAUCUCGCUUCACAGACUAACUCUUCUACCUAGCAUUUACAUUGUAUAGUCUUUUUUUUCUUUAUUUUUCUAAAUACUGUGAGCAUUCUGUUUUUUAUGUGCAUACUAUUGUAGAUUUUAGCGACCACGUACAUGUAGUGGUUUGAGAUUGAUUGUAUGUUUUGGAAUCGACGUAAACAUUCUCAGA